AUGAGUCUAGUCUACACCAACUACUAUCCAUUAGUGACUGUAAAACCAUUAUGGUUUCUGAUGGCUUUUACAAUUUUUACACAGCAUCGUUUUAUAAAAGUUGUUCAUGAAAAAUUAUCAAAAUUAACAAAACUCGUUUUGUUUCGUAUAAUUCAAUCACUUGUUCUUGAACAAGAUGAAAUAAAUACAUCUGAUACACAUAAAUUUAGUCAACAAAUUUUAGUACAUACACCAUUAACAUUAAUGUUAAGUGUACUUUUAUUUCAUAAUAAUUAUUCACAAUUAGCAACAAAGUCUAUAAUUACAAAAAAUCGUACACAUCUACAAAUGACUUUUAAUGGUACAUCUAAUGAUGUAUCAAUUUAUUUGCUUAUUCCUUUACUUCGUAUUCGUCAUACAUUACGAUCUCUUCGUGUAACAAUCAGAAAUAUACAACAUUCAGAAAUUCAUUCCUUAGGAUAG